AUGGCGUUACCAAAGGAAGUGAAUCUCACUGGAAAUGUGCGCGAUGCCAGUGUACCAAGUGUUGUCACAAGCCUGGAUGAUCUACUGACAAAAUUACAUGAUGCAAUGAUGAUGAACAUUGCUCAUUUGAGUGUACAUCUUCCUGGUUGUAGUUGUGGUGAUUUAAAUGUACGGAGCAGUGAAAUUGAAAGAUUGGAAAUUGGAAAGAAAGUGAGAACAUCAGAUGAUGCUGACGGUUAUAGUAAUCCUACUCCGCCGUUGUCGUUAAUCGCUGGACAGUUUUGGGACCGAGUUCUGAUAUUGUACUGGGGGUUGUUGUUCUUGUUGUUGGCUUUUAUUGGAAAUAUCGAUGCUGAAACAAAUAACUGUGACCCUGGAUGGACUUAUUUCAACUAUUUCUGCUACAAAAAGUUAAUUAGUACAGCUGAUUGGACCAACGCGGGAACCCUGUGCUAUAACGACGUUGCUAAACUCCUCCAGCAUUCACUCGGCUGCGGAGAAUUCGUUUAUUGUCCAGUCGGGUGGACACGACACACUGAUACCAACUGCUUUAAAUUAUUCACAACGGCUGUCAGUUGGUUCGACGCGCAGAAUAUUUGUCGAGCUGAAGACGGGGCUCUGACCUGGUGGCUGUCACUGACCAAUCAUUGCAUAACUUUAUAUGAUGUGUGGAUUGGUGUUCAUGACCAGAACGUAGAAGAUCAGUUUGAAUACACCAACGGAGAUCUUGUUUCAUUCUCGAAGUGGUACGUCGGAGCACCAAAUGACGGCUCAUUCGGAGAAGACUGUGUGGCUGCAUUCGUUAGUAAAGGCGGGCAAUGGGAUGACAAAUUAUGUCAGAACAACUAUUAUUUCGUCUGUGAAAGGUCAGCUCAUUUCACUGGCGUCGUUUCACUCGAUACAACCGAGCCCGUCAUUACGAAUUGUCCUCCAGACGUGUACGCAAACACCGAUUUCAUGAUGAACACGGGAGUUGUUAGUUGGAGUGAGCCGACGGCGACGGAUGACUCUGGAGUUACCCCAUCUUUAACCGCUGAUUGGAGUUCUGGGUCACUGUUUCCGAUUGGCGUAACCACCGUCACGUAUACUGCGACGGACGCGUCGUCAAACACCGCACUAUGCACGUUCGUCGUCACGGUUACAGAUAUCGAGGUGCCAUUCGUUGCUUGUCCGGACAAUAUUGAACCGCCGCUAGUGACUGAUGCAUCAACGGCGUUUGUGUCCUGGAGUCCGCCAACAGCCACCGAUAACUCCUUAGCCGUAUUGACCGAAUCGACCAACUACGCUACCCCGUCAGGAUGGUUCCCUAUCGGCACUACGACAGUGUAUUACAAUUUCACGGAUCCCUCCGAUAACACCGCAUCCUGUGCUUUUCAAAUCACGGUUAUAGAUCUCCAGAGGCCGAAGAUAACGUAUUGUCCUUCUGACAUCGUUGGACAAACCGGAGACUCGUCAAUAGAGGUGAGCUGGACGGUACCUACAGCUACCGACAACUCUGGCGAAGUUCCAGCCAUCACGUCGAAUCACGACCCACCGUACGAUUGCCCACUAGGCGUGACAAAUGUAGAGUAUAUUUUUUCGGAUGGAUCAGGGAACACGAUAGCUUGCAGUUUCACCGUCACUGUGGAUGAUAUCGGACCUCCAACAGUGACAAAUUGUCCUGAUGAUAUCACAGAGGCGACUUCCUCCAGUAAAACCAUCGCCGUGACUUGGUCAGAGCCAUCCGCUACUGACAACUCCGGUAUUCCAGUCACCGUGGAGAGAACCAACAUCCCGGGUGACGCAUUUCCAGUUGGCAUGACAACAGUAACCUAUACAUUUACAGACGCUUCCUCGAAUUUCGCGAAAUGUAAUUUCGUUGUCACGGUAGAAGAUUCUUUAAUGACGACUACCGAAGUCAUUGCGGAUAAUGCAUCUGACAACACUCAACCGACGUCGACGCUAUUUCCUGUACUGUGCAUUACAGGUGAUAUGUGUGAUACGUCAUUAACAAUUGAAGAAGUCGAACGAAUGUCUAGCGUGGAUGACUCGGAAUUGACGAGCAACUCGUUGUUAUUGAUAUCACGGUGGAUGCUCGAAAACAACGCCUCUUCACUGGACGUCGCGAACGAGACAUAUUUUACAAUUUCCCAUGGACCCACUACAGUAAUGACAACAUGUGAGCAUAUGGCAAUUGCGUAUGCAAAGGUCGCCGAUGAAUUUCCUACACACAUAUACCUGACACGACUAGUGUGCUAUAUCGACAGAAUAAAUGGAUCGAGUCUUGCCGGUCACGUAUUCGCCGUUCCAGCAGACGAUAGUUCUUCGCGUGAUUUCAUACAAGUUGACCGUGACGCUGAGAUUGCAGUGAAUCUAGAUAUUGAGGGCGCUCUGAUAAAAACAGUUUUACUCGUAUUCAGAGACGGUUCUCUAUUCACGGAAAGAAAUAAUCCAACCAGACGACCAAGUAGUCAUGUGUUAUCAUUCUCCGUCCUCGUAUCUAAUCAAAGCAUGUCACUUCCAGUAAACAUUGGAUUAUCAACGCUCCAGAACCAUCAUGAUGGACACGAAGUUGAUGAAGACGGCUCACUUGACGAUAACGAGAGGCACAGGAAUGUUACCCCGACGUGCGUAUUCUGGAAUGAAGGACAGAGAGGUAACAGCCAAUUACAAGAAGGAUACUGGUCCGAGUAUGGUUGCCAGGUUACUAACACGCUUCCUAACUAUACUUGGUGUGCAUGUAACCACACAACGAGCUUCGCCAUCCUUAUGCAAGUGACAGAAAUCGAGAUAAGCGAAGAGCACGAGCUAGCACUGACAGUGAUAACUUACAUUGGGUGCGCCAUAUCGUUGGCUGCUUUGGCUAUUACGUUGUCUGUUCUCAUGUGUUUUGCCUCCCUGAAGUCGGACCGGAUUUCAAUUCAUAAAAACUUAGUAUUUGCACUUCUGGUAGCACAGAUACUCUUUAUGUCUGGCAUCACAGCAACGAGCAACACGGGAGUAUGUAAAACGGUAGCGGUGCUACUCCACUACGUGUUUAUGGCGGUGUUUUGCUGGAUGCUGGUAGAGGGCAUUCACCUUUACAGUAAAGUGGUGCAAGUAUUCGGCAACUGGGAAGAUAAACUGAAAUAUUAUUGUGCAAUAGGGUGGGGUGUGCCUGUCAUCAUGGUCGCGAUAUCCGCUGCUAUCAACUGGGACGGCUACGGUUCCGAAACAAGUUGUUGGUUAACCAUUGAGGGAAACAUGGUAUGGGCGUUUGCUGGACCUGCGGCUGUAAUUAUUUUAGUUAACCUCAUUAUUCUAGCUAUGGUAUUACGAAUCAUUGUUAUGUCAGCUUCUGUAAAUAAAGAAAGGGAAUUCGACCAUAUAAAGGCUGGAAUAAAAGGUGCACUAGUACUGUUGCCGCUUCUUGGUUUAACGUGGAUAUUUGGGUUGCUUUCCAUUAACGGUGACCUCAUUGUAUUUCAAUAUCUCUUCGCCAUAUUUAAUUCACUACAGGGUUUCUUCAUAUGUUUAUUCCAGUGCCUCUUGAAUGGCGAGGUUAGAGCGGCUAUUCGUCGUGCCCGAGAGAAAAGAGCCAUCGCCCGUGGAGAUCUAAAAAGUACCACUGGAGGCGCUGUUUUUUAUAACUCGCCACUAUCAAUUAUUUCAACGCGAAAUAAGUCUAGUUCAGAUGUGGUUCAAGAAAAACCCGACAAGAAAAAAACUAUGACCGAGCUAGACACCUGUUCUAGCAAAGACGGGAGCGUGAAAGACAUGCGAAGGCCAGGAGGAAACUCGCACGAUGAUACAAACAGUGUCAGCAGAGAGUCUUUCGACAAAGUGAGUGAAAAUAGUGCGGGUAAAUUCUCUACCAGUUUCACUCCCGUUCUUGUACAGGUCUGUGAUGACCAAUCAUUAUUAUCACUGAAUACCCCGGACUACAACCACGACAGCGGAAUAGAUCAAUGUGAAACCAUUUCUUUGACUCCUAAGCUUCGUAACACUGUCAUUGAUACAUAGCAAGGAAAAAUGACGUAUCCGGAAGCACUGCUGUGGAGUAGCAGUAAUUGUGCAAGUCAGUCUCCAAAUCUACGUCGACUGUGCUACAGUCACAGUUGGAUUAGUGUGCUACCGUGACGAUGAAUAUGGCAUAUUAUCGUAUGGAGUCGACUAUUAGUCGUAUAAGAAGAUUGCCCUCAACGGUUGCCCAUGUGACGCACUCGUGACAACUCCAUUA